AACCUGUCAAGAAGGCCAGCAGAGAUAUCACUCUGACUUUGUCUUUCUGUGAACCUCACACUUCCAAGCCUGACAUUAGUGCUACAACAAUGUCUUCUGCUGCGAUUGCUCUGCCCUUGGCGGCUCCGGCCAAAUCUCCAAAGAAGAGAGCCAAGUCUCAGAGGAAGAAGACGGGUCCCACAGUGUCAGAUCUGAUACUGAAGGCCGUGUCUGCUUCCACGGAACGCGGUGGCAUGUCCCUAGCAGCCCUGAAGAAGGCUCUGAAGGCCGGAGGAUACGACGUGGUCAAGAACAAAGCCAGACUCCUGAUAGCUAUCAGACGCUUGGUGGCCAACAAAUCCCUGGUCCAGACCAAGGGCACCGGGGCCUCAGGCUCCUUCAAGGUGAACAAGAAGCCCCCUACACCUCGAAAGAAAAAGGUGGUGAAAAAGAAGAAGCCAAAGGCCAAAAAGGUCAAGAGGACCAGAGCCAAGAAAGCAGCCGGAGGAGACACUCCAGCAGCCAAGAAGUCACCAAAGAAAAAGAGGAAGGCAAAGAGUCCUAAGAAAGCCAAGAAGCCCGCUGCAGCCAAGAAGCCCAAGAAACCAAAGAGUCCCAAGAAGGCCAAGCGCAGGGUCGCCAAGUCUACCAGGACCAGGGCUGCUGCUAAGAAGUGAAUAUUCCCAUUGAACACUAAAUGCCGUCCAAAAGCGUUUCUAGCGGCUUUUAACUCUGUGUGGACUAAACUUAUGCAUUCUUUCCAAGAACUUGAGUUUGCUUGAGCCAUUUUACAGCUUUUCUAUAGUAGAAAAUACUGAACCUGUUGUUUUUACACACCUUUUCUUGCUACUAUCUGCCGCGGUCUGCAAUGAACUGAAUUGCAAUUACUGGAAGUAAUAAACCUGUUUUAAUGUA